GCUCCUUCUUCUUCUUCUCCUCCUCCUCCUCAUCGCACCACCCGCGAGCGGUCAGCAUGGCUGUGGCCGAGGCCGCGAUGCCCGCAGUCACGUCGUUCCCGAGCGUCCAAGCCAUGGAGGGAAAACAGUUUGACAACCUGUGCAAGGUGGACGCGUGCGCGCGGAGCGGCGCAGCAGGUGGCGCGCACAACCCGCUGAUUGAGGUGGCGUUCAGCAUCGUGCAGUCUCCCGCGCUGCCUCCCAGAGACGACGACGAGCUGGGGAGGUUCUUGGACCUCGAGUUCAUUCUGUCCAACACCAUCGACUCCGACGCGGUGAGCAGCUGCAGCGUUUCUCCGCCCCAGCCGCAGCAGCAGCAGCAGCAGUGCGCGUAUUCUCUCCCGGAGUCUCCGGAGAGCUGCGGCUCUGUGCCCGACUGCGGCGAGCACCCCGCCUCCCCGCACCUGGCGGCGCAGAGCUACCGCGGCGCCGCGGGCUUCGCAGGUUCGAGCCCGGUGCGCAGCCUCAUGGCGGAGCUCCUCACGCCCGAGAUGGGCUACCCGGGGCAGGGCGGCGAGGGCAAGGCGGCGGGAGACGGCCGGGAGUACACCGAACUGCGAGCGUUGAACCCCGGUGCCAUUCAAGCCGCACCUGGCCACCAACAUGCGGCCACAUCUCCACCACCGCUGGGAUACAAGGUUAAAGAAGAGCCCGUAGGUCAGUCCUGUAUGAUGGCGGCGGCUGGUGGGGACUUUACGGGACAGCUGUUUGAGAAGCACCAGAUACGCUCUGUGCACUUGGCAGCUUUUACGCACCACCACGCUACAGUUCCAAGCGCCUUACCGGGGUUCGGCGCGCACCACAUGCAGCACGCCGCUCCCCGGGGCCACGCGGGCUGUCAUGUGGCGCAAAUGACCUCGCAUCCACACCAACAUCACGUCCAACACCAGUACAUGCACGCAAACUACCAGCCGCAGUACGCGCACCAGAGCGUGGCGCCCUUUCAGGGACAGUACGGCAUGCACGGGGAGCCGGUGCGCGUUCACCAGCAGCACCAUCCGGCGUCCAUGCAGGGCAUGAUGCUCACCCCUCCGUCGUCGCCGUCGUUGCUCGAGUUUUACGCGCACGACGAGGCGGGCAGCGUCAAGCCGAAGCGAGGCCGCCGGUCGUGGCCCAGGAAGCGCGCCGCGACGCACAGCUGCGAGUUCCCGGGUUGUGGCAAAACGUACACCAAGAGCUCCCACCUCAAGGCCCACAUGAGGACACACACAGGUGAAAAGCCCUACCACUGUAACUGGGAAGGCUGUGGCUGGAAGUUUGCCAGGUCGGAUGAGCUGACCCGUCACUUCAGGAAACACACGGGACACCGGCCUUUCCAGUGCCACCUCUGCGAGCGCGCCUUCUCCCGCUCGGACCACCUGGCCUUACACAUGAAGAGGCACAUGUAAGGCCACGUUGACCCACCAGGACAUUUUUCUAUCCAGACUCCAUCAGUGGGAUUGUAGUCAGAUCAUCCAAGUGAACCCAAAAUGGUCCCGCUUGGGGACCUUUCGUGCCUUGGCAGAGGAACCAUAUCAAACGUAACAAAAUGUAUUCUUAUAGGAACAAGUGCCUCUCUGUCAGGGAAAAAUGAAAACGUGUUUUUUUUAUGUGCAUAUAUGAAUUUAUCUUUGGCUAAGUUAUAGUAGUUUGAUAUUUAAUACAUUUCCUCACCCUGUCUUUUGAAUAACUUAUUGAUUGUGGGUGAGAAUCUCGACAAAGACUGUGUAUCUGCUUCCCAAAGGAAGAAACGCACUGUGGGCCGGUCCCGUUGUACAUAUGUGAAAGAGUAUUUUUGUAAUGUUUACAUUCGCCUCUGAUACUACUCGAAUCAGGUCAGGGUUUUUGUCGACGACUUUUUAACUACAUUUUCUGACAGAUUUUAGUAUAUGCAAGAGAUUAUAUACAUUGCUUGAGCAUUUGCAAGAAGACAAUUCAGGUACUAAAAAAUUAUAUUUAGGAUACCAAGCAUCAAUUCAGGCCACUCUGAUUCAAAUGUUAUUGAUCGAUCAGUGUUUUUAGUGAUACGCUUUGUAUUUUGCUAUGGAAAAUGUUUUUUGUUUUUUAUUAAGAAUGAAGAAAUCAAUUGCAAUGGUCAAUCCUCUGUACUUCAGCAGAAUUGCCACUCAGAUGCACCAUUUUCCAAGAAUGCUACUGUUUUUAUGUACUCAAGGGCUCAAAAAUAAAAGUACUUUUACAAAUA